GCUGUAGCAAGAUUUUACAGGAGUGUUCUUGUGUAGAAACAAAAGGGAGUAAAAAUGACUUCUGUUCCUGAUCGAUUUUGUUAUGUAUAUAGCUGUGAUCUGGAUGUAAAUGUGCAGAUAAAAAUCGGCACUCUAGAAGGUGUACGUGAUAAACCUAGCUACAAUGAGCUGAUCGCUGAUCCCAUGUUGAAAUACUCUGGUGUCUACCAAGAUGACUGCUCUGAUAUGUAUGUGACGUGCCAGGUCUACUCUGAUGGUAAACCACUCGCUCUAGCCACACAGACAUCUUAUAAAGCAUUCACAACUCGCUGGAACUGGAAUGAAUGGUUGACCCUGCCAGUGAAAUACAGUGACUUGCCACGAAAUGCCCAAGUGGCACUGACCAUAUGGGACAUAUAUGGCCCCAGGAAAGUAGUUCCAGUAGGGGGCACUGUUGUUUCAUUGUUUGGCAAAAAUGGGACGUUUCGUCAGGGUAUGCACGAUCUCCGUGUCUGGCCUAAUGUUGAAGCAGAUGGGUUAGAGCAGACAACCACACCUGGCAAAGUUGGUGGAGCCACUGAUGAAAUGAGUCGACUUGCAAAGUUGACCAAAAAGCACAGGAAUGGGCACAUGGUGAAGGUGGAUUGGCUGGAUCGACUGACAUUUCGUGAGAUUGAGGUCAUCAAUGAGAAACAGAAGAGAGACUCCAAUUUCAUGUACCUUAUGAUCGAGUUCCCACAGAUACAUUAUGAUGGCACAAAGUUUGCUGUUGUCUAUUUCGAAAAGGAUGCUGAUGAGAUGGUCCCUGUAAGACAAUAUGCUGAAAUUGUUACUGUGCCUGACCCUGAAAUAGGAAAGGAGAAUCUUGUAGAAAGCAAGCACCACAAACUUGCCAGGAGACUGAGAAGUGCACCCACAGACAAGGACCUCAAGCCGAAUGCUGCAGUGAGAGAUCAGCUUAAUGUAAUUGUGAGCUACCCUCCAACCAAGCAACUAACUAGUGAGGAACAGGACCUUAUAUGGAAGUUUAGAUUCUACCUAUCUGCACAGAAAAAGGCCCUGACCAAGUUCCUGAAGUCAGUAGCAUGGAGUGUGCCUCAGGAGGAGAAGCAGGGCUUAGACAUGAUGUACAAGUGGAGCCCAAUGGAUGCUGAAGAUGCCUUAGAGCUUCUGUCUCCUGCAUUCACCAACCCAGCUGUGAGAAAGUACGCUGUAAGCAGACUAAUGCAGGCAGAUGAUGAGGAACUACUGUUGUACUUACUACAACUGGUGCAGGCACUGAAGUACGAAGACUUUGAUGUGAUUCGUGAAGGUUUGAACCACAUAUCUGCCCCAGUUGAGAGUCCCAGGAAAGAGUCUGAUCCCAGUCAACUUGGAGAGGAAUCUGAUACUCAGUCGCUUUCACAAAGGUCUCCCAGUAUUGGAUCGAAGGAUAGUGGGGAUAUUCUAGAUGAGCUCUCCAUAGAGAGACCUUCACACUCUACAACAAAUAAACAUACUCGACUCGACCUUGCAACAUGCCUCAUAGAAAGAGCUUGCAAUAACUCUAUUCUGGCAAACUAUUUUUAUUGGUUCUUAUUGGUGGAAUGUGACGACCAGGACUCCCAGGCCAAAGACCCAAAGGUUAUGGACAUGUAUAUCUCAGUAUUGAAACGCUUCAGUCAGACACUUAGCAAGGGAGGCCAGGAACACAGACAUCGCAGGGCUUGUAUAGCAGGUCAGCAGGCCUUCAUGGACAGACUUGUGCAGGUGGUUAAAGCAGUAGCAAGGGAGAGUGGCAAUAGGAAAAAGAAGGUAGAAAAGCUGCAGUCAUUGUUGACAGACCAAGAAGUGUCCCGUUUUAACUUCACUAAUUUUGAUCCAUUACCAUUGCCCCUUGACCCUGAAGUUAAAGUCAAAGCCAUAGCUGCAGAACAUGUGACACUGUUAAAGAGUCAACUGAUGCCGUGUAAGCUCUACUUCAAGACAGUUGACCGUGACGACCAUUAUUACAUCACACUAUUCAAACAUGGGGAUGAUUUACGCCAAGAUCAGCUCAUCAUACAAAUGAUCAUCCUAAUGGACAAGUUAAUGAGACGUGAGAACUUGGACCUUAAGCUCACUCCAUAUAAGGCCAUCGCUACAAGCUGCAAACAUGGAUUUAUACAAUUCAUAGAUUCCAUGCCAAUAGCUAACAUAGUUGAUGAACACACUAAUAUCUUGAACUACCUACGCAAAUACAACCCUGUAGAAAAUGGGCCUUAUGGUAUAGCACCAGAAGUUAUGGAUAACUAUGUAAAAAGUUGUGCUGGUUACUCAGUAAUCACAUAUCUGCUUGGGGUUGGAGAUAGGCAUCUGGAUAACAUCCUCAUCGCUAACAAUGGCAAGUUGUUCCAUGUAGACUUUGGCUAUAUCCUGGGUAGGGACCCAAAGCCUAUGCCAUCUCCUAUGAGGUUAAGCAAGGAAAUGAUAGAAGCCAUGGGAGGCAUGAACAGUGAACACUUCCUGGACUUUAAGAAAUUAUGCUACACUGCCUUCCUAGCUUUGAGAAGGUCAGCAAACUUAAUUCUGAACCUGUUCUCUCUGAUGAUUGAUGCUAAUGUACCAGAUAUCGCACUUGAGCCUGAUAAAACUGUCAAAAAGGUGCAGGAUAAAUUCCACUUUGACUUGAAUGAUGAGGAAGCUGUCCAGAAUAUGCAGAACAUUAUAGAUGUCAGCGCAAGUGCAACAAUGGCCGCCCUUAUGGAGCAGAUGCAUCGUCUUGCUCAGUAUUGGAGGAAAUAAUGAUUCUUGGAUACAAAGGCAUCAUACAAAUGGCGUAUGACAGGGUCACAACUGACAAGAGGCCUCAUCUAUGGCAAAGCCAUAACCAACGAGAAGCCUUUAAGGCCAUAACAAACGAGAGGUUUCAUCUAUGGCAAGGCCAAGGUUCAAAAGACAGAGAUACAGUGACAUGGCAAACAUUAUUAUGACAUCUCAAUACCAUUCCAAACAACAGAUAUGUUGAUGUGGCUACUUUAUUGUGACAUCAUAAAACUUUACAAGACAGGAGGCUGGACUUAUGGUCAACACUUUUAUUAAAAAGUAUAAAAAACAAGUGUACAGGUGCAGGCCCAUAGCCAGGGGGGUUCGCAGGGUUCGGGCGAACCCCCCCCUGACCAAAAAUUCUUUCAAAAUCA